AAACAAGCAAGAAGAAGGAGAAGGAAGCGAGCAGCCUGUGAGGAUGGCCGUCCAGAGGAUCGAGGCUCUGCUCUCAUUUUCCUCCCUGAGUCUCUCAUUUCCACUCUGGAGCAGCCGAGGGACCCUCAGGGUCGAAGGUUUCACCCUGUCUGCUCCUUCUGACAGCACCUCCCGACCCCCCCAGCCCUCAUGGAGGGGCUCCCAGCCCAGCACUGAAGGCAGCCCAGGGACACAAGCAGCAAGAUUUCAGCAGUGUUGAUGAACCGAUCGCUGGGGCUCGCAGUUGGUGGACACAUGAUGGUCACUUCCCUCUGUUGUUCCUGUACGCUGUGAUUUGCUCAUGUCUAUAAGAAGGAAGGAUGGCUCAUGGUAUUCCCUCACAAGGCAAAGUGACAGUAACGGUGGACGAAUAUAGUUCCAAUCCCACCCAGGCAUUCACACACUAUAACAUCAACCAAAGCAGAUUCCAACCUCCGCAUGUCCACAUGGUAGACCCCAUCCCUUAUGACACUCCUAAACCAGCCGGCCACACGCGUUUUGUCUGCGUCUCUGACACACACUCCAGGACAGAUGGUAUCCAGAUGCCAUACGGGGACAUCCUUCUGCACACAGGCGAUUUCACAGAACUGGGACUGCCUUCCGAGGUUAAGAAGUUUAAUGACUGGUUAGGAACCUUACCCUACGAAUUUAAAAUCGUGAUUGCUGGGAAUCAUGAACUUACUUUUGAUAAGGAAUUCAUGGCCGAUCUUGUUAAACAGGAUUACUACCGCUUUCCCUCAGUUUCCAAAUUGAAACCCGAAGACUUUGAUAAUGUGCAAUCGCUCAUCACUAACAGUAUUUACUUGCAAGAUUCAGAAGUAACUGUGAAAGGAUUCCGAAUUUACGGCGCACCAUGGACACCAUGGUUUAAUGGAUGGGGAUUUAAUCUUCCUCGAGGCCAGUCUCUACUUGACAAGUGGAACCUUAUCCCGGAGGGCAUCGACAUCCUAAUGACUCAUGGACCUCCCCUCGGUUUCCGGGACUGGGUCCCUAAGGAGUUACAGAGGGUCGGGUGUGUAGAGCUUCUCAACACCGUGCAAAGGAGGGUCAGGCCUAAGUUGCAUGUAUUUGGUGGAAUCCAUGAAGGUUACGGGAUUAUGACUGAUGGUUACACAACGUACGUCAAUGCCUCAACGUGUACAGUCAGCUUUCAACCAACCAACCCUCCUAUUAUUUUUGACCUUCCCAAUCCCCAAGGAUCAUAAAGACCCUUUUGCACAUCGGAAAAAAAUGGGUCUAUAAACUGAUAAAACUGCAUUUUUCCCCCUUUUUAAUAAUAUCCACACCUCUGUUGGUCUUUGUAACUAUUUAAAGUUCCUUUUCUCAUCUUCCGUUGGGUUUUGGUACAAGUAUAUAUAUUUUUUUUCUACUUUUAAUUUAUCAGUUUUUAUUGUAUCCUCAGACCGCUGUUGUAAAUUGUACAUAUCCCAGGAGGGUCCCCAAACUAUACAUUACAUUAAUAAAAAGCAAAAAAAAUAUAAAAAAAUUAAGCUAUUUUUUUUUUUAAACCACCGGGAUUUGCACAACCUAAUAUUAUUUGUAUUGUGUGUAUUGUAAUUUUUUAUUUUUUUUACUGUUAUUGAAUUUGUGUGCAUUUUCUAUCACUUCAAGAUGCAUUUUUCCCUGGAUUUUUCCCCCUCCAUUUUUAGUUCAUGAAAACCUUUGUACGCCUAUUGUUAUUAUUAAUACAUUACUUUUUGCGCUUCUGUUUUUUUUUUUUUUUAUUAAAUUAUUUCUUAUCUUUAUUAUGUAUGGGGCUGAAACAGCUGUAAAAAAAUUGUAUGCCAUACAUUAAAACAUGUAAAUGCAAGACUCCUUUUAAAUAUGGAUUUAUAUAUAUAAGUAUUUUUUUUCUGUGUUAUAACAAAAUGUUGGAUUUAUUAUUGGCAGUAUAGGCAUCUGCGAAACAAACAAAAAAAUCUAAAUGUCACACACGGCUAAACUGAAUUAUGAAGAAUGGGGUGCAUCUGCAAGCGUCCUUUUCUCCUGGGUAUUUGUGGCAUUUUUAGGCAUGUGUUGACUUAAAUGAAUACAAUCGAUGAGAAGGGCUCUUUUCUUUUUAGCUCUUUUUUUAAGCAUUCUUGAACCCCCAUUUUUCCCAUUAAAGGGAGUCUAUCGCCAGGAUAUUCACUGUCAAACAAUGCCUUGUAGGACUAACUAGCUGAAUGCGAUGAUACCUUUCACUAAGCGAUCCCUUGCUUCUGUCUGGAAAAAAAUUGUUUAAGUCCAUAUGCAAAUUAGCCAUUUAGUGCACUGAGGGUGAGGCUAAGCCACUCUAUGCACCCUUGUUCCUCCUACUUCCACUGCCAGCCCCUUCCCUUCCUUCUUGAUUUGGCAGGGAAAGUCAAGAUGACUAUGCAGGAAUCUGGUCAUGUCAAUCAAGAAGGAAAGGGUGGGGCUAGCAGAGGAAGCAGGAGGAGCAAGGGUGCACUGAGCGGCUAGGGCCCGCCCCAUGGUGCACUUACUGCUAUUUUGUAUAUGGAUUAAAAAGACUUCUUUCCUAGAAUAAAGCAAUGGAUUACUAAAUUUAAGGGAUCAUUACAGUCCACUGAGCUAGCCCUGCAAGGCAUUGUGCUUGGUCUAUCAGUGAAUUUUAUGGGGACAGGCUCCCUUUAAACGGUUUCCUUUCUUAUUUUGCACUGUGUAUAAAUGCAAUCUUGCUAGCACAAAAAUAUCGUUGCAAAUGGCUCUUUUCUGUUGACCUCUGUAAAUGCUUUUUCCAGGGCUUGUCCUGUUUUUUCUUCUUUUUUUUUGCAACCUUGUUAAUGGACUUUAGAAAACCCUUUGUUUCUUUUACAUUUAUUGUGAUAUAUAUCUAGCGCCUUUAUAUGCAAAUAAAAUUGCAAGA